AUGUCGACGGGAUCAGAGUCUGCAUCGCCAUUCUCAAGCUCAACGAUCAAGCAAGAGCUGCCCCCACCAGAGUUCUCUAUCCAACCAAACUUCAAGGCUCACGGCGAGCGAUUACCAGCCGAGAAAUCCAUGUUAUCAUUGAUUAGGUGUAUUGGAGAGCUGGCAGUGAGCGAUUGGGAUGAGGUUCAAGGGAUCCUGCAAUGCAGAUCGAGGGAGAAAGUAGGCGUCGAUAUUAGACCCAUUUUUGUGAAGCCUGCUGUAAUGCUCACGAAACACGCCGUAUGGUCCCUUCAGCAACUCUUGUACUGGUGGAUCGAUGAUCAGAAACGGACCUUUGCAGAGACAAAUUGGAAGACGUUUUCUCAGCAAACCCUCCUGGGCAUUGGCGCGGCAGUCGACACUGGAGUCUCUUCAGCAUUUGACAACUCUUCCAUGCCAUCGAACGGUAUCGAUUCAAGUAUCUCCACCAACGACCAGGACACGCCAAUCCCCCAUGUCGUGCUUUCUUUUCAGAUCUACCGGGGAGCUCCACUCUGCGAUGCUCUGACAUUCUACUCGCUUCUAGUUGACGCUUUAGUGUUAAUGGCAGAGCAGCCCUAUAGGUUGCCUUACGCGUAUAACCAAAUAGUUGACCACGAUGCAAAAGUCACACUAGAAUGGGGUGCCACCUCUGAAGAGGCGGCGAAAGAGGGCAAGCUUCUCGCAGGAAUGGCUGUUGAAGCGCUUAUAAUCCUUGCCGACUCUAUGGGCGAACAACCGCCAAAACAGAAAUUCUUGCUGACCAAUGCUUCAAUUCGACUGAAAGAUGGAGGAGCAAUUGUUGGCAGAGUGAAUUUCGUCAAUAAUGUCGACAACGCCCUUAACAUCGAAGGAUUUCCCGUCAAUACCACCAACAGUCGAGGGGAUUACCAAGUUUCAAGACGUGGCAAAAUCUCCCAGCCUUAA